AUGGACAAGAUGGACGACGGAUGGGUGCACAACAAAACCAACACCGUCUACAUUUCGCGACGGAACCUUCUCUCACCGAAUGACGAGUGUACCGUCAUUCAUCUGUCGUACGUGGCUCCUUCUGCAAUUGGUCUCCUGCAGAGCAAUUACGUGAAAUUUGAUACGCUCUGCAGCUCCGAGAAGGGCAUGAAGGUCAGCGUCUGUGGAAGCUGUUCUCGCGUUGUAAGUACACAGUCUGAGACAGACUCCAUGGCGAGUCGUGCGUGUGUCGCUUUGGUCCAGAAUCAAUGA